AUGGCGCCUGUUAAAGAUAUAUCGAAGACACAGUUACAAGCACCCGAGCCUGAGCAUUGUCCAGGACCUGAAUCUGAACAAGCUGGGAAAGAAGAUGCUUGUAAUGGAUGUGCUAAUCAAGAAAUAUGUGCAUCACAAAUACCCAAGGGACCGGAUCCUGAUUUACCAUUAAUUAAUAAACGACUUUCACAGAUCGAUCAUAAGAUCUUGGUGUUGUCUGGUAAAGGGGGAGUAGGGAAAUCUACUUUCACCUCGAUGUUAUCAUGGGCCUUGGCUGCUGAUGAAGAUAUAGAAGUUGGAGCUAUGGAUUUAGAUAUUUGUGGACCAUCAUUACCCCGAAUGUUAGGAGCAGAAGGGGAAUCUGUUCAUCAAUCGAAUUCAGGAUUAUCACCUGUCUAUGUGGCGGAUAAUCUUGGAUUAAUGAGUAUAUCAUUUAUGUUACCUGAUCCUGAUUCGGCUAUUAUUUGGAGAGGAGCUAAAAAGAAUGGAUUAAUUAAACAAUUUUUAAAAGAUGUGAAUUGGGGAGAUCAUCUUGAUUAUUUAGUGGUUGAUACUCCCCCUGGUACAUCUGAUGAACAUCUUUCAGUAACGUCAUAUAUGAAAGAAGUUGGGAUAGAUGGUGCCUUAAUUGUUACUACUCCACAAGAAGUUGCACUUUUGGAUGUACGAAAAGAAAUUGAUUUUUGUCGUAAAGCAGGAAUAAAGAUAUUAGGAUUAGUUGAAAAUAUGUCAGGAUUUGUUUGUCCUAAUUGUAAAGGAGAAUCACAAAUAUUCAGAGCUACAACUGGUGGUGGUAAGAAAUUAUGUGAAGAUUUGAAUAUUCCAUUUUUAGGAGCUGUACCAUUAGAUCCUAGAAUUGGAAGAUCUUGUGAUAUGGGAGAAAGUUUCUUUGAUAGUUAUGCUGAUUCUCCUGCUGCUACUGCUAUUUUAGAUGUAGUUGAUGCAUUAAGGGAUCUGGUUGAAUUAAAUAUUAAUAAUUUAAGCAUUUAG